UUCUCACAGCGUUCGACCGGUGUCUUUGAAACAACAUUCAUAUCACGUUAGAAUAAUAUUACGACUUUUUUUAUUAAAAAACUUCAUCUUAUAGUGGAAGAGUUUGGUAAAAAAUGAGUGCUGAUAUAGAAAGCCACAUCACAGAAAAAUAUGAGAUUAAAAAGCGCCUUGGCAAAGGGGCUUACGGAAUAGUUUGGAAAGCUGUGGAUAGAAAAACAGGGGAAGUUGUUGCCGUGAAAAAAAUAUUCGACGCCUUUCGAAACCAAACAGACGCACAGCGCACGUUUAGAGAAAUCUACUUCCUUCAGGAAUUUGGUAGUCAUGAAAAUAUAAUUAAAUUAUUGAAUGUCAUAAAAGCGACGAAUGACAAAGAUAUAUAUUUGGUCUUUGAAUAUAUGGACACAGAUCUACAUAAUGUAAUCAAAGGAAACAUUUUGAAAGACAUCCACAAACGCUAUAUAAUAUACCAACUGUGCAAAGCAACACAUUAUUUACACUCAGGAAAUGUCAUUCACAGAGAUCAAAAGCCAAGCAAUGUUUUACUUGACACUGAAUGCUUUGUAAAGAUUUGUGAUUUUGGUCUGGCUCGAUCGUUAAGUUGUAUUGAAUUAGAAACAGGCGACCCUAGUCUUACCGACUAUGUUGCUACUAGAUGGUAUCGAGCUCCAGAAAUACUUCUUGCUUCACCAAAGUACACAAAGGGUGUUGAUAUGUGGUCACUUGGUUGCAUUUUGGGAGAAAUUUUAUUAGGAAAGCCUCUUUUUCCUGGUACUUCAUCACUCAAUCAAAUAGAGAGAAUCAUGGCAGCCAUCCCACUUCCAUCGAGACAGGAUAUCGAAAGCAUUCAAUCUUCUUAUGGUUCAUCCGUCAUUGAAAGAAUGCUCAACAAACCAAGGAGAUCGUUGGAGGACAUUUUGCCAACUGCACCCGUGGAUGGUCUAGACUUGCUUAAGAAGUUACUUCAUUUUAAUCCUGAGAAACGUCCUUCGGCAAAAGAGGUUUUGCGACAUCCAUAUGUCUCUAGGUUUCAUAAUUUCUCAGAUGAACCAAUAAUAGAACAUGAAGUCCAUCCACCUUUGAGCGAUGAUCAACAGCUCACUGUGGAUGAAUACAGAAAGAAAUUAUAUGAGGAUAUUCUACAAAAGAAAACACAGCUACGAAAACAAAGAAAGGAAAUUGAGAAUGAGGAGAAACAUUUGAAGAACGGACAAAGUACAUGUGAUGAAGAAAAGAAAAGAAACGUUGAAAGUACAAAAACUUUGAAUAUGGAUAAAAUGAAGAUAGAGGGAAACAAAGGGACACACGAGGAUAAAGAUUACACCGAGGUACCAAUUGGGACACAUGAGGAUAAAGAGAAGAAUGUGAGAAGUAACAGUACAAAUGUUGCAUUAUCAACACAAAAGUUGACCAGGGUCAAAUCUCAGCCCAUUACGAAGGAAGGACAUACUCGUACCAGUCCUCUGAAAACGUUCACUCGAGAUGAUGAUAAAAUUUUCCAACGGGCUUCACGCCCCCCUGUCAAUAGAAGCAGAGCCAUUUCUGCACAAGUGAAACAUGCAACAAUCACGCGAAGUACAGCACAACAUCACGUGACUGAUCAAGCAUCCGGAUUAACUGUGACAAGUGCUAGAGUGAUACCUGGACAACGCCCUGCAUCCAAUAAGGUUGUAUAUAGGCCCUCGCGACGGCAGAUAAACAAUCCAGCGGUAGCUCAGGCAACUAUAACGAACUUUACGCAAGAUCACGGUACCAUCGAGAAAAGUGUUUUAGAUAACCUCAAGAAAUGGUAACCAAUCACGGUCUGAAAUCUACCUUUCCAAUUUGGAAUCCUUUCCUAUCUCGUCGUUCUAACAUUGACCGUUUCUCGUAUCGUUUCUUCAUCAGCGUAAAGAUUGCUCACAAGAUGAUCUACUGAAUGGUAAAAACUGCACAAAUAAAAUUUAUUUAUAUGCAAUGAAGAAGAGGAAUGAAGCCCACAACGAGAAAAACCACAAAUUAGAAAAUCAUGACGUAUUUUACCAAGUUUUUAUAAAUUACCUGUUUAAAGAUUUUUAACGUCUAUUUGAGAAGUUUCGUAAAAUUACUAUACGCAAACGGUUGAAUUUUUAGCUCCAAAGGUUUAUUGGACGAAAUUUAUACAACGCUAGAAUUUGUUUAGUUAGUUAAGAUAUAUUUAUUAUUUAUUACAAUAAGACUGAUUUCCUUACAUCUUCAAAUAAAAACGUGAAAAAUUUA